ACGAAGCUUCAUUCCAACUUAAUAAGCCAUGUGUUCUCCCAAAACGUCACUACUUGCCUUGCACGGAAUUUCUAAAAAAUUGUUUGACAAACAUGGCCAGUGGCCACUCUGUCAGGACGAAGAGAUUGGUUGAAGAAUCCUUUUGACUUUCUAAUAUUGCUCACCAAGCAAAUCUCUUAGCUGUCUUUAUAAUUUGAGCCACGCCAUAGAGUUCAAAGAAAAAACAAAACUAGAAACCUCAUCAAAAUACUCUGCAAUGUCAAGCCAAACACCAACAGUCCCUUCUCCCGAUCCCAUCAUCGUCGAUGAUCCCUACAAGCGCCUCGAAAUCACCCUUAAUCCUGACGGUUCUCUUACACGCAACGCCAAUAGGUAUCCUAACACCUCAGCCACACCUGAUCCAAACCAACCCAUCCCAGUUCUAUCCAAGGACAUCAUUUUCAACCAAGGAAAACACACUUGGGCUCGCAUAUUCCUGCCCCGGUGGCAAGUAAUUGAUACUUCUUCCAGUGCAAAGAAGCUCCCUCUCAUAGUCUACUACCAUGCAGGAGGGUUCAUCCAAUGCAGCGCAGCAUCAACAAUUUUCCAUGUUUUUUGCUCAAACAUGGCUUUGGAGCUCCAAGCUAUAAUUGUGUCCGUUGACUAUCGUCUUGCUCCUGAGCAUCGGCUUCCAGCAGCUUAUGAUGAUGCCAUGGAAGCGUUGCACUGGAUAAAAACUACCCAAGAGGAAUGGUUGACAAAGUAUGCGGAUUUUGCUACUUGUUUCCUUAUGGGGUCAAGUUCAGGUGGCAACAUUGUCUACCAUGCAGGAUUACGCGCAGCCAAAGAAGUUGAUGAUCUUGAGCCCUUGAAGAUCCAAGGGCUAAUAUUGCACCAACCAUUCUUUGGUGGGUCCAAAAAGGCUGAGUCAGAGUUAAGGUUGGUCAAUGAUCCCAUCUUGCCACCAGGUGUGAGCGACCUGAUGUGGGAACUGGCGUUGCCCAAUGGCGCUGACCGUGAUCACGAGUAUUGUAAUCCAACAGCAGGCAAGGGGUCAACGCUUUUGGAGAAUCUGGUUUCCGUGCGAUGGAGGGUGCUGGUGACUGGAUGUGAUGGGGAUCCUUUGAUUGACCGUCAGGUUGGCCUUGUCAAGUUGAUGGAAGAGAAGGGAGUAAAGGUAGCGAGUCAUUUUCAUGCAGGAGAUUAUCAUGGAGUGGAUUUUACGCAGCCUGCUAAGGCCAAGGCACUUUUUUUGGUCUUAAAGCGGUUUAUUUGAUCUGCUGAGACUGAAUUGAUCGUUUUCAACUGCGAUGGAUGGCGUGCAGUGGCUUAAAUAAAUGCAGAUUAGAAAUUUGGUGCUGUUUUUUUAAUUGAAAAGCAAGCAGAGGAUAGUUAAUGUGAUAAUUAUCUAUUUUCUGAA